AUGGCGAGAGGUCUUUUCAAUGUGAGAUAUGCAAGAAGAUAUUUUCACGAAAUGGAACUUUUCAAAUUCAUAAAAGAACACACACAGGUGAGAGGUGAGAGACCUUUUCAAUGUGAGAUAUCUAAAAAGACAUUUUCACUAUUACAACAUCUUAAAAAUCGCAUAAUGGCACACAUAGGCGAGAAACCUUUUCAAUGUGAGAUAUGUAAGAAGGCAUUUUCACGAAAUGGAACUUUACAAAUUCAUAAAAGAACACACACAGGUGAGAGGCCUCUUCAAUGUGAGAUAUGUAAAAAGAGAUUUUCACAAUCUGGAACUCUAAUUAUGCACAAAAGGACACAUACUGGUGAAGGGCCUUUUCAAUGUGAUGUAUGCAAGAAGAAAUUUUCGAAAGCUGGAGAUUUAAAUAAGCACAAAAGGACACAUACUGGUGAGAGGCCUUUUCAAUGUGAGAUAUGUAAGAAGGUAUUUUCGAAAUCUGGAGAUCUAAAUAGCCACAAAAUAACACAUACAGGUAAAAGGCCUUUUCAAUGUGAUAUAUGUAAGAAGACAUUUUCACAAUCUGGAAAUCUAAAUCAGCACACAAAGACACAUACGGGUGAAAGGUCUUUUCAAUGUAAUGUAUGUAAGAAGACAUUUUUACAAUCCGGGACUCUUAAAAAACAUAUAAUGACGACACACACAGCUGAGAAACCAUUUCAUUGUGAAUUAGGACUGAAAACAUUAUCAUCUGUGGAUCUAAAUAAGCACAAAAAGCCACACAUAGGCGAGAGGAUUUUUCAAUGUAAGUUAUGCAAGAAGUCGUUUUCACAAUCUGAAACUCUAAAGAAGCACAAAAGGACACAUAAUGGCGAGAGGUCUUUUCAAUGUGAGAUAUGCAAGAAGAUAUUUUCACGAAAUGGAACUUUUCAAAUUCAUAAAGGAACACACACAGGUGAGAGGUCUUUUCAAUGUGAGAUAUGCAAGAAGAUAUUUUCACGAAAUGGAACUUUUCAAAUUCAUAAAAGAACACACACAGGUGAGAGGCCUUUUCAAUGUGAGAUAUGUAAAAAGACAUUUUCACUAUUACAACAUCUUAAAAAUCGCAUAAUGGCACACAUAGGCGAGAAACCUUUUCAAUGUGAGAUAUGUAUGGAGGCAUUUUCACGAAAUGGAACUUUACAAAUUCAUAAAAGAACACACACAGGUGAGAGGCCUCUUCAAUGUGAGAUAUGUAAAAAGAGAUUUUCACAAUCUGGAACUCUAAUUAUGCACAAAAGGACACAUACUGGUGAAAGGCCUUUUCAAUGUGAUGUAUGCAAGAAGAAAUUUUCGAAAGCUGGAGAUUUAAAUAAGCACAAAAGGACACAUACUGGUGAGAGGCCUUUUCAAUGUGAGAUAUGUAAGAAGGUAUUUUCGAAAUCUGGAGAUCUAAAUAGGCACAAAAUAACACAUACAGAGCUACCGUGA